AUGUUCGGCUGUAUCGUAGCAGGCCGGCUGGUGCAGACCGACCCUGUGCCAGUGUCUGCGGACAAGUUUGUGUUUAACCUCCCGGACUUCGAGCAGGUGAACCAUGUGGUGGUGUUUAUGUUGGGGACAGUGCCGUUCCCCGCGGGGAUGGGCGGAGCGGUGUAUUUCUCUUUCCCGGACCCUGAGAGUGGAGCAGUGGUGUGGCAGCUGCUGGGCUUCAUCACCAACGACAAACCCUCCGCCAUCUUCAAGAUCUCCGGCCUGAAGCCCGGGGACGCCUCCACAGCUCACCCGUUCGGCUGCAUGGCCCAGGUGCCCUCCUCAGUGGCUCAGGUGGGGGUGUCGGUGGAGUCCCUGGAGCAGCUGGUGCAGCAGAGUCCGGUCUCAAACGCCGCAGUCUCGUCAGUGGACUCGUUCCUGCAGUUUUCACAGAAGAUGCUGGACAGUCUGUAUAACUUUGCUGCCUCGUUCGCACUGACCCAGGCCCAAAUGACCCCUGCCCCCUCUGAGACCUUUGUCCCCUCCAGUUGCCUCCUGCGCUGGUACGAGAACUUCCAGAGACGCCUGGCACAGAAUCCCAACUUCUGGAAGAGCUGA